CUAACAUUUAAUUAUCUUAAUAUGGAUUCGAGGAACGCAUCCCUCAGAUACUUUGUCGUUUUUUGCGCCAUGGUCGCAUCCCUUGGCUCUUUCAAUUCUGGUUUCAAUACCUCCGCAUUGAAUAUUCCUGGUAAUUCCCUCAGAAACUGUCCCAAUGUUCCUGCUGGUGAAGUUACUUAUUAUCCUAAUUCUCCUUUACCUCAAUGCAUUCCCAUGUCUGAUUGGAUUUGGGGUGCUGCUACUGGUAUGUUUGCUGUUGGUGGUCUCAUUGGUGCCAUGGCCAGUGGUUACUUGUCCAACAAAUUCGGUCGUCGUGACUCUAUGAUUCUUAUGAACAUUAACUUCUUUAUUGGUGCUACUUUACUCUCUACUGCUACUACAUCUGGUCAAUUCGCUGUGGGCCGUAUCUUUGUCGGUGCUGGUUCUGGUUUUAUGACCUGUGUGAUUGGUAUCUAUGUCUCUGAAAUCUCUCCCCCCAAAUACCGUGGUGCUCUUACUUCUCUUCUUCAACUUUUCACUACACUCGGUAUUCUGAUCAUUGAAUGUAUCUCUCUUGGUCUCAAUUCUGCUAUUGGCUGGCGUAUCAUUGUGAUUAUCACUAUUGUUCCUACCAUUGCUCAAAUAGUUUUGCUUCCUUUCUGUGCCAGAUCCCCUCGUUGGUUGGUCAAUCAGAACAGAAUUGAUGAAGCCCGUGUUCAAUUCCUCAGACUUCGUAACGGUGACAUUGAAGCCGAAUUCACUGAUAUGUUGCUCGGUAUCACUAAGGGUUCUGAAGAAAAGAAGCCUGUUCCUGAAUCUGACAAGGACUCUGCCGCUGGUUUUGAUAACGCUGUUCCCAAGGCUGAAACCGAGAAUGCCGUCUUUGAAUCUGAAGAACAGCUUAGUUUGGUUCAAGUCAUGUCUAUUCCUGUCUUGGCCUGGUUAUGUGUCAAGAUCUUUAUUUUCCAUGCUCUUUCUCAGUUGACUGGUAUCAAUGCUAUCAUGUACUACUCUACCAAUAUCUUUGAAGCUUCCUUUGGUAACAAUGCUCAAUAUGUCACUGUAGGUGUUUCUGCCUUGAAUGUUGUCUUGACCGUAGUUGGUCUUAGUUUGAUUGACCAUCUUGGUCGUAAGACACUCAUGUUGAUCUCUACCUGUGGUAUGUGUAUCUGGAAUGUGGUGAUGACCAUUUCCAUGCGAUACAAUGUAGCUGCUCUUCAAGUUGUCUGUAUCAUGCUUUACGUUGCCUUCUUUGCCAUUGGGUAUGGUAUGAUUCCCUUCGUUGUUGUGAGUGAAUCUUUCCCUACUUAUGCUGUUGGUUCUGCUUCUUCUGCUUGUUUGACUAUCAACUGGCUCUGUAACUUUAUCAUUGGUCUCAUCUUCCCUACCUUGUUGAGUGCCUGUGGUCCUUAUGUCUUCUUGAUCUUUGCUGGUCUUUCUUUGGUUGCCUUUAUCUUUGUCUGGAUGUUUAUUCCUGAAACCAAGCAAAAAUCGCUGGAUGAAAUUGGUCGUCAACUUGGUUGGUACGGUAUCAACAUCAAGGACUAUAUCAAAUAAGCAUCUUAUCAUAUAUACUUUUAUUCAUUCUAAUCAUUUGUAUUUUUAAUUCGUGUACAAUAAACUUUCUUUUUCUAUAUGUGU